AUGGAGCCUCGGGUUAGACCUGUUAAUUUAAAGAAGAAUGCCCCAUUAAACAUUGCUGCGAGAAGCGGCCAAGAAAUUCAUACUGAGAAGAAAUUUGCUGCUGGCUCCAAUAAACAGCACGAUAUUAAAAAUCUUAACAAACUUGAGGAGGAUACAGAAGAUUUUCACCAUGCUCAUGUGUCUUCCGAUGUAAGCCGACUAAUAGCUCAGGGUAGGCAGAAUGCUGGUCUUACCCAAAAAGAACUUGCAACGAAGAUAAACGAAAAACCUUCCAUUAUCGCAGAAUAUGAACAAGGGAAAGCAAUUCCUAAUCAAACGAUCCUCGGAAAGUUGGAGCGAGCCCUCAAUAUCAAACUCAGAGGAAAAGAAAAGGGUGCCCCUCUUGUCUCAAGACCAAAAAAAUAA